CUUGAUGUGCGAACGAAUAUCAGCACUAGAGGUCAUCACCCAGGGUACAGUAUCGCUAUGGCUCCACCAGAAAGACCAAUCCAUCCCGUGCGAUGUACGGCUCCAGGACGGAGAGCGGAUAUACGCAUUCUCCUGGAGCCGCAUGGAGCAGAAGGAGGAAGGGGAGGCCCCCUCACUGAAAACCAUCGUGAAAGUGUUCAAGGAUGCGGUAUCGGGAUCGGGAAUCGAGAGCGGGAACUUUAGUCUUUCAGUGAACAGGUCGUUGGUUCUACACAGGCCCCCGACGAUAGAGGACGAGGGGCUAUCGUACGUCUGUAAAGUGAUUUUAUUUGGCGCCCCCAAGGGUCAUCAAAAUGCCAGUACUAUUCGUGUUCUUUCCGCUCCAAAUGAGCCAUAUCCCUUUAUUCCAGAAUGUGCAAAUGGCCAUGAAAACGUUGAACGUAGGAACAACACAUGUGUAAUCAAACAAGAGGCUGGGACGAGUCUAAACCUAACGUGCAAGAUGUCUGGAUUUCGACCGCUGGUGGAUCUAAGAUGGACGAACAAUUCUCAUAGUGAUAUUCUAAGUUACAGAACGUUGACAAAUGACUCUGAUGGAACACAAAGCAUGUCUGUGGCAUUCGAAGUCAUAGCUAGCCUUGAGAGACAGGAGUUUUCAUGUAAUGUUAGCGGAGAAGCCGUCUCGGGGGACAGAUGGAGCGUAGUCGCCGUCCAAGGAGUAGAAGCCGAUGGCUCACCACUCGUGGUCAUCAUCGUCAUCGUCGUCGCUAUCUUGUUAGUACUCAUAGUUCUCCUUAUCGUCGUCAUACUCGUACUCAAGAGCAGAAAGAGGUCGAGAUCGAGAGCGGCAUCAAGGGAACAGACGAAGCACGAGCAGCUCACUGACCUGGAGAAAGGUUCAGACAUUCGUCCAAAAGAAAACAAUCACUACACUUUAGAACCAGUUUCAGUAGUGGUAGAAGAGCCCCCGGUCGAGACCAGACUUAACGAAGGAACACAGACAGAUAUUCCAGAACCGCUCGAAGAUGAAGACAGGAUGAGUUCAGAAGAUGAGGAGCAGUCCCAAGAAUUGUUGAGCAAAGAUGACAGGGAAGAUAGCAAGUCAAUCUCGAUAGGACCAUCACAGCUCUCCAGCCGAUCCGACAUCGCCCAUGCUGACUUCGGCGAGAGCUGGGUUUGCGUGAGCAACGAAGAGGUGAAGAGACUACGAGAAGCUAAAGAUGACGACGGGACCGCGGUGGAUGACCCAACUCCAACGGAAGAGCCCCCUCAGCGUCCGGGCCACUUCCGCGGCAUCGCCCAAGGGUUCGGAAACCUUCUUGACACUGUCAACAACUUCCUGCGGCAUGAAGCUUGAUCCGAUGGACACUGAUCGUCGCAGCUGUUAGCUUAUUUAUUGCUCCUGAUUUGGCUGCCUCAGCCAAUCCUAGUGAAGAGUGUACCGUUAGGGAUGUGAUUCCUUGUCAGAAACACAGACUGUGAUACAGUAGAAAGGGACGUUAUGUUAAUGGUCAGGAAUGAUUAAAAAACUUCGCUUGUACAUCUUGCCAUCUCUAAUCUUGAUGGGUAUCUGAAGUAUAACCAUGAAUGUCAAAUUACAUGAGCACUAACCUAUUCGCAAACUCCCAAAACAUGUAUGCUUUGUAAGCCCUAUUGCUUGUAUUUAUUACCUAAAUAAGGAUCUCACACGGAAAUCUGAUUUCAUCAUCGGUGACAAUUUGGAGCCAUGCUGGUUCCUAGAAAAUAUAGGCCUGAAUGUCCAUCUGAGUAAUAAAUUCAUAUAGUUAUCACGGAGCUAUAGAUUUCAUCAUGUGUAGGUCUAAUUCUUUAUACAAGUUGCAAACUGGAAAUCAAGGCUUCAGUAGUAAGCAUAUGCUCUCGAACUAUAGGCCUACUAUUGAAAUUAUUCCAGUGUUAUCCGUCUUGCUGAGAGUCGUGAGUCACGUGAUCGUGUCACAUGAUAUUCUUGAAAGCUGCUAUUGGAUGAUGCGGUGCAAUAAGAUAAAUAGGCAAAAUCUAAACAUUGCAGCUCUGAUGUGAUUGUUAGUACCUUCGCACACUUUAUUCCGAUGAAUUGCUCCUCUUUCAUGUACCUCGGGUUGUCAUUGAAAUCGACAGAAUGAUCAAAAUAAAUUAAGGUCUUGUUGGGACAGUCGUUGGCCAUGUUGGCCAUGCUCUCUGGAUACGACACCGAAGGUGAUGUAGAAUAGCGCCAUCUACGUUUCGGACGCGUGCUCUUUCCGAUUACGUGCCCAUAGCACUGAGAUCAGUGGCCCAGCAUGCUAACUGCACGAUGUAUGAGAAUAAUUCUUAUGUACAGCAUCAUGGUCACAAAAUCCAUUGACAUUCCCGUCAAUAUUGUAACGUUUGUUGGGAAAUGAGUCAACAAACACCUUUGUAUUAUUUGUUAGAAUUGUCGAACUUGUACGUUUUACUGAUCAAUUUUAAUUAAUGUUUACAUUGAUAGUUUUUGUGAUAGUUUGACCAGCUUAAACCAUUACCUAUUAUCAUCAUUACUAAUGUAAUAAGUGCUAUGUAAUGUGGCAAAUAGAAUGCUUUCGGAGAAAAUAAUGAAUAAUAAACCUACCGUUUAGUUUGAGGCGUCGCGUCGUGAAAUAUGAUGAAAUAUGCAGGUGAACUUACUUAUUAUUAUUUUACAGAACAGGGUCUCUUUCACAUUGCACACUCUGUUUAUACUGCAUUCUCAGAAUAUGUUUUAACCAAACCAUGUUGUUGAAUAAUAUUUACCGAUUGUUGGUUAAAAUAUAAAAUUACCAACUGUUGAAUAAAAUGUGAAAUUACAAACUGCAUGCAUGUUGAUCAAAAUAUGAAAUUACAAACUUGUUUAAAAUAGGGAAUUACCAACUGUUGAUUAAAAUAUAAAAAUUACCAACUCACGGUUGAUUAAAAUAUGAAAUUACCAACUGUUAGUGUAAUAACUAUUAAAAUAUGAAAUUACCAAGUGUUGAUUAAAAUAUAAAAACCACCAACUAUUGUUUAAAAUAUGAAUAUCCAACUGUUGAUAAAAAAAAAUGCAAAUUUGUUUUCCAUGCAAUUUUGUUUUAUCCAACAACUGGUAGGUUCAUUUUUUAACCAACCUGUUGGUUACAAAAUUUCUCCGAGUGUAUUAUCAGCAUGAACACAUUGGCUGACAUGAUAGAAGAUGCGGGUUUAUUAAUUAUUCAUCUUAACUUUCUAGUUCAGGAUGUUCUCUUUGUCAUUUUAAUCUACUCGUCUAUUUGAAAUUCCUCUUCUUUCGGUUUAUUAUUUAUAUCUGUUAAUUUAUUACGUUUACGUAUAGAGGUUACACAACUCAGAAAUAUUACUUAUGUAGUCAAAGUCACCCAGGAUUAGUUCGUCGCACAUAGCUGAGAAGUCCACCCCCAACAAAACGUUGAUUCGAAUAAAAAGAGAAAAAAAUCAAACAAGCAUAACACUGAAAAUUUCAUCAAAAUUGGAUGUGAAAUACGAAACUUAUGACAUAUUAAAGUUUCGCCUAAUUUCACAAAACAGUUUUAUUCACAUCCUUGUUGGUAUGCAAAUGAGGAGACUGAUGUCAUCACUCACUCACAAUUUUUUUUGUAAUUUAUUAUAUGAACUAUGAAAUAUUCAAAUUUUCUCACCGUUGUCCUGUGAAACAACGAUUACUUUCCUCCCUGAACACGUGGAAUUAGCAUUGUUUUUUUUAAUACUAUAUCUAUAUGGUUCAAUCAAGUUUGUCCUUAUUGUCAAAACUAAAAAAUGAAAUAUUGUAUAAUUCAAACAAUAAAAAAAUAGAAAUAGUGAGUGAAUGACAUCAUCGACUGUCUCAUUUGCAUGUCACUGAGUUGUACAUAUCACUGUUUUGUGAAAAAUAAGCGAAACUUUAAAAUGUCAUAACUUUCUUAUUUUACAUCCGAUUUUGAUGAAAUGUUCAGCAUAAUGCUUGUUUGAUUGAUUCAAUCAUUUUUCUGGGGUGGACUUGACCUUUAGAUCGGUGCAGAAAAUGAUUUUUUUUUUUUUUUUUUCAUUUCUGUAUAGUUUAAUAUCUCAAAUACGUGCAACCGGUGAACUUGAUAGAAGCACGAAAUAUAUCGUAAGGUCUACAAAAUAUAUACUCUUUGUCUUGUGUUUUGAAUCAUUGAAUAAAAUCAAGAUUGUUUAUACAAUGAAAAAGUUAAAACACCUCCGAUCGUAUAGAAUAAGACUAAUGUAACAUUGUGAUGCUAAUUAUAUUAUGAUGGUGUAUUUCAUAGAAUUGCAGAAAUAAUUGUUUGAUAUGCAAUUAAGCGUAAAGAAAGAUAGUGUGUGAAUUUUAGAGGCUUCAGUUUUGUUCAUAUUACUAAAGGGAGGAAAAUAAAGCAUUUAUAUAUUAUAUAUAGAGGUGCCAGUAAUUGUAGAUAGCAAUGAACGAGCUUUAUUUGCUUUGAAUGCUCACAUUGCCCAUAUCAGAUGCUUGAGGGGUCAGAUUGAUUCGAGAACCGGGUCAGAUUGACCCGGGAACAGAGUCUGUUGGUACCACAGACCGUUCCGGGUCAAAAAGAGACUAUAAGGUCCGAUGUAACCAUUUUGGGGUCAAAUAUAUUCCUCACUCCGUCACAUCGGUCCUUGUAUUGCGGGUAUCAAUUUUGAGCCACUUUACGGGUCAUUCUGACCCCAGAUUUUUUUUAUUAUUAUUAAAAGAAUUAUUAAUUCAUACAAGUACUUUCUGAGUGCAGUAGCAUUGAACAGUUAUUCCAUCACCAUAA